CGCGCGAGGAGGUUUAGGGGCAGCUUUUCACGCCAAGCAGCCAAAGUAAUAUUGCUCCCACGCGUCGCUCUCUUCGACUGCAGCGUCCAAUUGGUCUUCACUCAUUUGCCAUUGGCGUGCACUAUGCCCAUUUUCCUUACUCUGCCCCCUCUACCCCUCUACCCGUCGUAAUAAUAAUAAUGGCAUAGCUAGCCCGUGGCCCUUAAUCCUCCGACCGCCGUGCAUGAAGGACAUUUCGUUUUGAACUAAGCUCGAGCCUGGGAACCCUGAAGACCGGUCGGAGUCUGCGACCAACACCAUGGGCGAACCCGAACCAUCCUCGCCGCCUCGCUCUGCCACUGAACCGCAGCUCAAGGCUGCAAAAGACAAGAACUGCCCCUUUUGCGGCCAGGCAUUCACCUCCUCCAGCCUCGGACGCCACCUCGACCUCUACAUCAGAGCCAAGAACCCAAAGGCGCCAGACGGCAUCCAUGUCGUAGAUGAAAUCCGUAAGCUGCGCGGCGGCAUCACCAGGCGCCAGGCAAAGGGCAGCGUCUCCACCCCAAGGCGCGAUGAGAGCGGCGCCAGUACCCCCGCCACCAAGAAACGCAUAGCCAGCGAAGACUCGUCCAUGCUCAUGCAGAGCCCCGAUGACGACGACGACUCGCUCGAAGUUGGCAAAUCCAGAGGUGCCUUCAAGGACGUGACUUGGGGGGCUGGCAAUCGCCCCUCGCGCCUCCUGACCAAGACACCAGACCCCCGCCGAGAUGCAUCACGUCAGCUGCGAAAGGCAGAUCUUGACCAGAGGCAGAAGACGAGCGAAGAAAUCGAAAUUGCAGCUGCCACCGAGAUGGCGCUGCGGGAGCUGUUGAAGAGCGUACGUGAAGCAAAUGCAAAAGCAUCAGGUAUCGGCCUCUUCGAUUUCGAUCCCUACGCCCAAAAUUUUCCUUCGCUAUGCCUCCACAUCCUCCCCGCACCCUCAACUCUCUUCUCCCCCACGCCCUUUCCGACUGCCGAGUCAUGGUCCAUCGCCCCGCCUGGGCAGAAGCAGUUUGAAGCGCUGAAUAAGCAGGUGCGUGAGCGCCUGCUUGCCUACCAGCGCCAGCGACACCUCAACCAAGUGUUUCCCUCUGGCACCUCCAACCCCAAUGCUCCUUCCUCAGCUACUUCCUCGCCCCUUCCUACUCCACCACUUUUCGACCAUGACCCCCAACGACUCUUUGGCCACAUUGCGGAUGCCUACCACCACUGGAGCCAGCAUUCCGACCAGACGAGACAGGAUUAUUGGCAGAUUGAAAUUCUACGCUGCUAUGCCCGUGCUGAUGACAGACGACGAGAGGCUGAAGUCCAGCUAGAGAACGCCCGCAGAGAGAAUGAAUAUCUCAAAGCUAGCCGCUGGUCCUCCGGUGGCCCCGACAUGUCACCCAUCAGUAUCAAUCUCGGCGUCGACACGACCAAGGAACUUGCAAAGCAUGGCAUGGACUACCGCAACUGGGACUAUGACCGCCUGAUUGACAAAUGGCGAACUGCCAUACGUGAAAACAGGGUGUCUGUUUCGGGCCUAGCUGCUCAGAAACCAUUGCCCUGCGACGCCAGUUCGCGUAGCUCCAUGGCCAGCCAGACGGCACAGGUGUACGCUACUGUUAAUCAGCCCAGACAGGGUAGUCCGGUCAAGGCGGAGACCAGUAUGCCUUUUAGCGCGCCAGCGACCGUCAAUGGCGAUGUUGGUAGCGAUCAAGUUGACGCAGAAGGCGACGAUGACGAUGGAAUCGAUCUCACCCCGCACACGAACGAUGAGGAAGACACCAUGCACCACCUCCAUCACCAGACACAUCGACAAUCAGUUCACCAGUCCCAGCCUCAGCACCAUCACGCAACGCCCCUCCAACCUACACCGCCACACCAUCAGCAACAGUUCCAGUCCCAUAUGCAGGCGACCCAGCACAUUACGCAAGCCCAAAUCGCCCAAGCUCAGGCCCAAGCCCAAGCAUGGGCAGCAGCUCGCCAGCACAUGAACCAGUCACGGAAUCAAGACUUUCACUCACAUCAGCAACACCAACUCUCGCCCCAUCUGCAACAUGUCAGCUCAGCCGACAGUAGCCGACGCGAGUCACUGGCCAUGAUGGAUCCGCACAACCUAAAUCAAAGCAACAUGGGCGGUAUGAGCGGUUCCAUGGGCAUGCCAACUGGUAUGGAUGGUCUCGACAACCACCAAGACCAGUUUUUGCGCCUCGACAUGGGUAUGCAAACAGGCUUCGUCGGCUCCAACGAUGGCGGUGUGUCCAUGGGUUCAUAAGACGUCCCUCCCGCCAAGACUGUCUAUAUCAAAAGGACAUGUUUUCGCAAAGGGGUAGCAUGAUUGAUGGUCAUGUCUAUUCACCAAUGUUGGCCUUUUUUUCCUUUGUUGUCAAUUUCCUUUGUUCACACUUCGAUUUUCUUUUCUCUGUUUCUUCAGCUUGGCCCCACCGUGCGCAUAUUCAUAUACCCGGCCUUGUCAUUUGAUACCCAUCUUUGAUCACCUGUAUACCCUUUACCUAAUACUUGUACAUUUCACACUGAGAAUGUCGUUUUCCUUUGUAGAUUCUACACGCCUUCGUUGGCACAACACUUGGGAGGCCAUCUUGCUCAUCAUUUGUAUAUACCCUUUUAUAAAAUUCCAUCUCCUUAGAUAUUAGAUAAAUUGGCGGUGCCCGGGGAAAGAACUGGACAGGCUACAUACAUAAUCAAUACAAAACUCGGAAACCAAUACAAGGCUUCGGUCAUCGGC